UGGGACACGCAGAGCCCACUGAGCCCACUGUCGCCCCUGGAGGCGGCCGAGCUGGCAAGCCCGCUGUCCGAGGACUUUCUUCGUGAGGUGGGUGACAUCCAGGACGUGCCCGUGGGCGUCGGCGAGGACAGUGAGGGCAGCUUUGGCCUGGCUGAGUACACAUACCUCGGGAAUGGCCCCGGGUCCGAGGCCUCCAUCAUCACAGACACCCUCUCGCCGGCCUCCAGCCCCUCUUCUGUCACGUACCCGGCGGUUCCUGGGAGCACGGAGGAGCCAGCCAGCGUGGCCCUCAGCAUCGAGUGCAGGAUCUGUGGGGACAGAGCAUCGGGUUACCACUACGGGGUGCAUGCGUGUGAAGGCUGCAAGGGCUUCUUCCGGCGCACCAUCCGGCUAAAGCUGGUCUAUGACAAGUGUGAGCGCAGCUGCAAGAUCCAGAAGAAGAGCCGGAACAAGUGCCAGUACUGCCGCUUCCACAAGUGCCUCUCGGUCGGGAUGUCCCAUAACGCCAUCCGCUUCGGCCGGAUGCCUCGGUCUGAGAAAGCAAAGCUGAAGGCUGAGAUCCUGACGUGCGAGCAGGUGGCUGAGGACGCGGACUCCGCCGACCUCCGGAGCCUGGCGAAGCGCAUCCACGAGGCCUACCUGAAGAGCUUCAACAUGAACAAGGUCAAGGCCCGCGUCAUCCUGGCCGGCAAGACCACUAACAACCCGCCCUUUGUCAUCCACGACAUGGAGACGCUGUGCAUGGCCGAGAAGACCCUGGUGGCCAAGCUGGUGGCCAACGGGAUCCAGAACAAGGAGGCGGAGGUUCGGAUCUUCCACUGCUGCCAGUGCACGUCGGUGGAGACGGUCACCGAGCUCACAGAGUUUGCCAAGGCCAUCCCGGGCUUCGCAGGCCUGGACCUCAACGACCAGGUGACGCUGCUCAAGUACGGCGUGUACGAGGCCAUCUUCGCCAUGCUGUCGUCCGUCAUGAACAAGGACGGCAUGCUGGUGGCCUACGGCAGCGGCUUCAUCACUCGGGAGUUUCUCAAGAGCCUUCGGAAGCCCUUCUGCGACAUCAUGGAGCCCAAGUUCGACUUUGCCAUGAAGUUCAACGCGCUGGAGCUGGACGACAGCGACAUCGCACUCUUCGUGGCUGCCAUCAUCUGCUGCGGGGACCGUCCAGGCCUUCUCAACGUGGGCCACAUCGAAAGGAUGCAGGAAAGCAUCGUCCAGGUGCUUCAGCGCCACCUGCAGGGCAACCACCCCGACCACGCCUUUCUGUUCCCGAAGCUCCUGCAGAAGCUGGCAGACCUGCGGCAGCUGGUCACGGAACACGCGCAGCUGGUGCAAGUCAUCAAGAAGACCGAGUCGGACGCCGCGCUGCACCCGCUGCUGCAGGAGAUCUACCGGGACAUGUACUGAGACGCCGCCCCGGGAGUGCAGGGUUGUGGCGGAGGAAACGCACUAAACACCUCCCUCACACACACACCCACACAUCCACACACACUGCAGAGGGCAGCGAACUCGGGAAGGCAGGAAGACGAGCAGUCCCCGUCCCUCGGGGUGGUUGGAGCAUCUGUGCUCCCAUAGCCAGGGACCACCGUCGCGCCCCACGGUGGGUUCUGAAAACUAAUCAGCACUUUUCCCAUUUUUUUCUUU